UUUCCGUCAUUUGGCAUUCGUUAGAAAAAACCCUAGCUUCCCCUCUCUUAUAUUUCUCACUUUUCUUCCCAUCGUCCCUUCUCGUAUCGAUCUUUAGAGAUGGCGUCGGAGAAGAAGCUCUCAAACCCCAUGAGGGACAUUAAGGUUCAGAAGCUCGUCCUCAACAUCUCCGUCGGUGAGAGUGGAGAUCGUCUCACCCGUGCCGCCAAGGUCCUGGAGCAACUCAGUGGUCAAACCCCAGUCUUCUCCAAGGCGAGGUACACUGUGAGAUCAUUCGGUAUAAGGCGUAAUGAGAAGAUUGCGUGCUAUGUGACUGUGAGGGGUGAGAAGGCGAUGCAGCUCCUUGAGAGUGGCUUGAAAGUGAAGGAGUACGAGUUGCUGAGGAGGAACUUCAGUGACACUGGCUGCUUCGGGUUCGGUAUCCAGGAACAUAUUGAUCUCGGGAUCAAGUAUGAUCCCUCAACCGGAAUCUACGGUAUGGAUUUCUACGUGGUUCUGGAACGUCCAGGAUACCGUGUGGCCCGUCGCCGGAGAUGCAAGGCUCGUGUGGGAAUCCAGCACAGAGUGACAAAGGAGGAUGCCAUGAAAUGGUUCCAAGUCAAGUAUGAAGGUGUUAUCCUCAACAAGUCUCAGAACAUCACUGGUUAAACUCGGUUUCCUUUUUCAUUUUGCUCUUCUAGCUGUUGCCUGUUUUACUUUUUACUGAAUCUGGAUUUUAGAAAGCUCUGUUUUACUUUUUGUAACAUCAGUUGGCUGAAUCUCAAGUUUUUGAAAAAAGAACCAACUUUCUGGA